GGGUGGGGCGUUAUACGUUCUCCAUUCAUUGACCAAUGUGAUUCCUAUCUCAUGCUUUCUGUCGUAUCUCUGGUUCUUAUACCGCAGCGGUUUCAACAUGGAGGUGCCCAUGGAGAGACAUGUCUGAAGGAGAUUUGAUACAAAGGAGAUUAACCUCACCCUUUUACGUCCCUGUGAUCCACAUGAUGCAUGUACUAUGAACUGUGCCCGCUGUCUACUACGGCUCCAGAGUCUAGGGUUCCUGGCUCCUUCUGUCAGAGCAUCUGUCCAGAAUGCUGCCCUGCUUAAGCCAGCCACAGCACUGUCCCUAAUAACAGUACACAACACAUGUGGUCAGGCACUCAGGCGUUUCCAUGGCAGCCCUGGAUGUUAUAAGAGCCAGCCCGUACCCACAAACCCUGGUGAAGAGCAUGAGGAUCGAAUUAAGAAGGACAAGUCACUGAUCACUCAUGAUGACCUGUUUGAGAGGGUGGCCAGGGAGGCCAAGACUAAGGCCACCUUCAACAGAGUGGUGGAUGUCUUCCGUAAGAGGGACAUACGGCGUCGGGGUCACGUAGAGUUCAUAUACGCAGCCUUGAAGAAGAUGCCAGAGUUUGGUGUGGAACGGGACCUUACAGUCUACAACAAGCUGUUGGAUGUCUUUCCCAAGGAGGUGUUUGUGCCAAGGAACUUUAUCCAGCGCAUGUUCAACCACUACCCCCGACAGCAGGAGUGUGGGGUGCAACUGCUGGAACAGAUGGAGAACUAUGGUAUCAUGCCAAACGUCGAGAGUAAGGUCCUGAUUGUCCAGAUCUUCGGGGACAAGAGCCACCCAAUGAGGAAGUACCAGCGCAUCAUGUACUGGUUCCCCAAGUUCAAGCAUGCCAACCCCUUCCCCGUCCCCCUGCAGCUCCCUGAGGAUCCUGUAGAUCUGGCCCGCCUCAGUCUCAACCGCAUCGCCAACGACCUGGACGCUAAGGUCACCGUCUACCAGAUGCCCUGUACCGACAUCUCUGAGUCAGGAGAGGAGAUCACCUUUCCACACGUCGUAGGGAUCCAGAGCCCAGACCAGAUGGAGCUGCUGGCUAAACAUAACCCCAACAGGCCUGUGUUUGUGGAGGGCCCCUUCCCCCUGUGGCUGAGAAAGAUCUGUGUCUACUACUACAUACUCAGGGCUGACCCACUGCCCCCUGAGGAGAAGGUGGAGGAGCCGUACGAUCCUGAGAGGUGUUUCGACUACCCUCUUCAGCUGGACCUGGACUUGGACCGGGACAUGGGGGACGACGACAGCUUCGACGUGGAAGACGUGGAUGAAGGGCCGGUGUUCGCCAUGUGUAUGACAAGCCAGGGAGACCAGGCCACCCUGAACCAAUGGAUCUCAGGCCUGCAGGAGACCAACCCCAUCCUGGGCCGCGUCCCUACCCUGUUCCGCCUGGAGGCCGGCCCCAGGGAGCUCCAGGGAGUGGCAGACCCAGACCACGUGUACAGGGAGGAGGGCGAAGAGGAGACCGAGACACAGACGGAGGUAGAGCCAGAUAUUGUUGUGGAGGAGGAGCAUCAGCGUAGCCAGGGAGUGAAGCAGUGAACAGCUACAGGACUAAGAUACAGCCCAUUUCACUACCAGAGAUUACCUGGAGAGCUAGCUUUCUAUCACAGUGCAUUUAUCAUAACUAUGAGUUCUUCCUUGUCAGGUCACUUCUGGCCCUCAUCAUAAAAUCUGGUAAUCAUAGAAUGUCUUUAAGUUAAAGUGGAUUUAAUACCUAAUUAUAAAGUACCCACCUAUAAUCAACUCAUGUAUGAUCUUUCAAGAAACUAAGCUUAUGUGAGCUAUUCCAAAAAUACUGUAGAGAAUAUAUACGCAUGUAACCUGAUGCCCUCAACUCAUUUAAUGUUGCUGUAAGAAUGCCUUUGAUAAGACUCUGAAAGGAACUUUGAAUUUGCACUGUGUCAAGACAGUCUCAAAUCAACACAAAACAAUAAAUUAUUUACUUUA